UUAACGUUCAAACGUGGCAGACAAGAAAAACAAGUUUUACAAAGUUUGCCAGCUCCUCCCAUCCAGUUCAUAGUAUCUUUGUGAGCUCAACCAGCUGGUCAUUUACUGCCUGGAAUUACAGGAGGCAUUUGAAUCUGUAUUUCUUCUUUCUUUUGGGAACAUGACCAUUGUGAAUUUCUCCAUUGAAUAUGAUUCCAUCAAUAGCCGGAACAUCUUCACAAGUGGAGAUACAAUUAACGGACGGAUUAUUGUGGAGCUCUCUAAAGACACUACAAUCCAGUCACUCACUUUUGUUGGAAAAGGAAGUGCAAAGGUUCGCUGGACUGAACAUCACGGACAAAAACAUAACCGCUACUACUGGUCUGAUGAAAAAUAUUAUGAUAUCAAACAGAAUAUCUUGAGAGAUGGUAGUAAAACAAUUACCAAAGGAAGACAUGUCUUCCCUUUUACCUUCAAGAUCCCUGACAGAAAAAUGCCGUCUUCCUUCAAGUCAGGGACUGGUAGAAUUGUUCAUAAGGUUAAGGCAGAGCUCAAACGGUCAAUGAAACUGACAAAGGAAGCUAAAGCCCACUUUACAUUUGUCUCCAAAGCCGACAUGGAUAUACAUGGACUCAUGGAACCUCAACAUGAUUGCACUGAUAAAAGUCUCAGCACUUUUGGCUCUGGUAGCAUUUCAAUGGAUGUUCACACGAGCCGAAUGGGAUACCAGCAAGGUGAAGAUCUCCAAGUCCAAGUCGAAAUUAACAACCAAUCAUCUCGUGACUUGAAGCCUAAAUUCGUAUUGUACGAAAAGCAGAGUUUCUUUGCUCAGGGUCACAGGAGACUUUACACAAAGGAUAUUCUUAAAGAGAAAGGGGAGCCCGUUGAGGCGCAUAGUAACAAGACUGUAAAGAAGAUAAUCACCAUCCCCAGAGAGCUGCCGACGUCCAUUUUGAAUAGCGCCAUCAUCAAGCUGGAAUACAGGCUGAAGAUUUACCUGGAUGUCAAAUUAGCAACCGACCCAAAGAUCAAACUUCCAAUCGUUGUCCUAUCUGCCCUUGAGGUUUCUGACAGAAAACAACCACCAGGUCCUGCAGCUGCCAUUGGAUUUGAUGCAUUUGGGAACUCAAACCAACCAUCCUGGAGCCAAACACCGCAGUAUAGCGCAGCAACCCAACCACUGGACUUCCCUCCACCAUAUAAAUCCUUAAAUAAUGCAGACAAAUAUGGAAAUGUUCUAUAAAUCUCCUUCCACCAGUGAUGUGCGAUGAGGUUCAAGGCAGGAGUAGUUUCUUUACAUUUAAUUUCAUAAGCUGUCAAUGGCUCAUUAAGAGGAUAACAAGAGAAUAAUUCACUUUCAUAAAAUUUUAAUCAAAUACUUCUUAAUCACAUUAAAUUACUUUAUAACAUUAAAAACAAUUUGUGGUCUUACCUUUUUAUUUGUAUAUGAAGUACAUGCACCUAUACCAGGGAAAGAUUAUUAAAAAGCUGGUUAUAAAAGUCUGAUCACAGCAGAACAUUAAUAAAUCUUUCUUGUGUUUUGUUUGUGUUAACUAACGACAAUGUACCCAGAAUGGUGCCAAGACACACCACAAAGAAACUAAAAUAAUAGUUCCCAAAAUGUCAAAGUAAAAAAAAAAGUGAGCAAGGCGAUGUGUCACUACGCCAGAAAAGUAUUUCCUCUGUGUCAGUUCUUACAAAAAUAAUUUCUCUUUACUGUAUCUUGGUUAAUAUGCAGGUCAUGGCAUGUAAAUGGAGCUUUGUGGUGGUUUUUGGAUGUUGUUUUAGAGCGCUUCAUAGGCGGAAUAGAUGCUUGUUAUUACAACGACAUACACUGUCGAGCGAGCUGUGUACAGACAAAACAUGAAAUGUGGGCUAAUACUUUACAGAUGUUGUAAUAUGAUUGUUCAUGUUUUUCACUCAGUAUAGAUUAGUGUCCUAUCGCAUUGUAUUGUCCAUUAAAAACUCAAAAGCAGUCGUAGAAGCUAUCUUACCUUAUGCCGUAGCUAGCUUACGGCUAAUACCGAAGCAUGCCGUGUUCAGUCUUACAAUAACAAUAUCACAACAUCUUGGUUGUUAUACAGGUUACGGAACGUAAUUUAGUAUUAUUGGCGGUUUUUAGAUGCAUUUUUAAAGUGAUUUAGAGGCAGAAUCAAUUGCUCCAAUUAGCUGAGAACGAAACGAUUUUUACAAAUUAGAAUGCAAAAAAAACAAAAAAAUUGUUGGUCUUCUUGUCUCUCAUAAGAAUUGUGACCGAAAGUGCAGUUGCACUUUAAGGGUAUUAAGGAUUAAAAGACGUGCAUAAUACAUGCAUGUCUUUAGUUGUCCUGGAGUCAAACUCAGGCUAUGUCUACACUAAGCCGGAUAACUCCUUAAACAAAUAAUUAUUUAGUCUAAGCCCCGUGUCAGCCACACUAAACCAUUGUUUAAGGUAACCCUCCUUGGAUAAUUUUUUGCACGGGUAAGUGCGCCGUGUAUUUCUUAAAUCUCCGGCUCUUGGCUCUGUGACAUCACUUCAUAACAACCCAUUCGGUAACUCGGUGGCAACCACUAGAAAGAUGGAGGCGAGUCAUCCAGACAUGCCAGUAUUUCUCCUUCCUCUACAUGUACAGGUGCUUUGGAAAUCACAUCAAUACCUUAAGCGAAAGAAACGGCCGAUUGCAGCUAUUUCGGAUACAACAAAGCAAUGUUGAGCGACUAUUUUGGAUAAGCCCUAAAAGAACGGCCGACUGGUGGGAUAUGUUUAUCACCGAGUGUGUUGUGUCAGAGGAACGGCAAGAGAAUUUUCGAAUGUCCAGGUCAGCUGUGAUUCUACUUAGUGAAAAACUUUGUCCAUUUGUCGAAGGAGAGACAACGACAACGUGGGCUCCUGUGGACAAGGGAAGACUACAAAAAAUAGCAAAUGCAUUUGGACUGGCAAAGCAGACUAUCAGUUAUUGUCCGCGAUGUAUGUCGAGCGAUUACUCAACGUCUAGUUUUGUACUCCAUAACUAUUGUGAAGCCAUGAAGUGGUUGCGGCCGUCGAGUACAACCGCCAACUUUAGCCUACAAGCACAGUGUCCUGUUGUUGGUUGUUGUAAAAUGUUCUUUAUCACAUUGUUUACU